GGCUUUUUACCUCUCUUCAGAAUGACCACCACAACCGACAUUCACACUGAGCACAACCUCACUCCUCCGCUCACCCCACCAUUAUUAUCCCUUAAAGAUGUCUCGAUAUCAAGCAAAGCACAGCAGCCGACAGCAAAGCCACCUGUCACUAUUCUUCGCCAAGUUUUGACGCUUACUGACGGUCGUGACAAGGCACUCAAGUUAAUACAGUACUUCAUCAAAAUCAUAUUACAUCAUGGUUAUAUUGAUAAGAAAUGGAGGAUGUUCAGCAGUCUGUCUGCUUUGGCGUCUAACUUCUCAACCACCCGAAAGAUAAUUCGUCUUGGUCAUAUCAUUGAGCCUACGGCUGAGCUUUAUAAUGCUGCUUAUACAUCACCAAAAAAAGUGCCAGAAACGACGAUACAGCAAGUAGAUUCAUUUUUAAGCAUCAUGAGUCUUAUUUUUGGUAUCGGUAACGACUUGGCCGAUGACAUUUUCUGUCUGAGUAAAAUCAACGUUCUGCCAGCAUCGUGGGCCAAAAAAGCGGAGCCCUGGUCUUAUCGGUGUUGGUUUGCGGCUAUUUUGAUCGACACCCAGCGAAUGAUAAGAGACAUCGUGGCUCAACAGCACAAGAUGAAGCAAUGGAAAACCGAAAACCUACAUAUUGUAUAUCCACAAACAGACCCGAAUGAUACCCGUAACGAUCAGCCCAUGUCAUUGUUUUCUGCUACAACACGGGGGGACCAGUUAUCAUGGAUAGACCGAAACGACCAGCAAAAUUUGCUACGGGAAUGGACAGCAAUGCAGGACAAACUUUUCUGGCUACACGUAUCUUUCAUCAAGACAAUAAUGGAUGGCGGCUUCUGUGGUUAUGAUUUGUUCCAAUGCCAAUUUUCCAACGGUUUCCAGGCAUGGACAGGGUUUAUCAGCGGCGCGCUUUCCGCUUAUAAGCUUUGGUGCAAAAAUUCAACAUAGAGUACAUACAUUAAGCAACAAACCUGCCCUAUCCGUCAUUGUACGUAGAAAUGAUAAUAUACACCGCGCGACUAGUCAUUUUUUUCUUUUUUUUGGUGUUCCCUUAAAAAAACAAUUGCAUCAACCCAGUCAGUCACCUACCUAUACCAAUAAUACACACCAAUAUAUGUUCUGACUGAUUAAUAGCAAGAUUACAUCUUCAAUAUCAUCGUCACUUUUACUUGAAUAAAACAAAAAAGUUUUUUAGAGUAUGAAAAGUGUUUCUAAUCGCUAUCUUUGGGCGUAGCAAGGAGCCAUACAUACCACCACAGCUAGUGGCACAG